AUGAACUCUGUUCUACAUGUGCAUUUGGUAGUACUGGCACUGGUCAUCGUCACUCCCGUGGUGUAUUCCGCGAAGGGUGUUGCAAUUGACGAGUUUUGUUUGUCCGAUGAGGAACGCCCUGCUUGGAAUCGCAGUCUUCACUAUAACAAUGAGCCCUUCGUCCUGAGCAUUGAAGUUAGCGACAGACCCUCGCAUUGGAUUAUUAACUACAUAUUCGAAAUCCUCGUUCGUGAACGCCUGGGUUACAACAAAAUUAGAUUUGUCCACUCAAAUUGGGAUUCUACAGCGGAAACAGUUUCGCGUGUUAAUUGUGCUAAACAUGGGUACGUUCCUGCUAAUUUUCCACAGGAUUUUGGCCCACGUUUUAUAAUACCGAACCAUUUUCAUUCAUUUCCACUGUCAUUGUAA